CGAGCGGCGCUGUCCGGCACCACUUCGCCAUGAGGAACCUGCGGCUGCUGCGGACUGCGGGGCUCCGCUCCACCGCCGCCUCGGGCGCCCCGCAGUGCUUCUGCCUCGGCGCCGAGCCCGGCACGGUCUUCGUGGGCUCGCAGCGUGGCCUUGCGGAGCUGGGCCCAGGCGGAGACUCGGUGACCAGAGAACUUUCCUUGACUGCAGAGGGUUUCAUGCCUGAGGAUGGAAGUGGUUGCAUCGUGGGUAUGGAAGAGCUUCCAGAGCAGGAGUGUGUGUGUGUUGCUACAGCAGCAGGAGACAUCCUACUGUGCAAUCUUGGCACAAAGGAGGUGGAAUGUGUUGGAAGUGUGGACAGCGGUCUGAGUACCAUGAGCUGGAGUCCUGACCAAGAGCUUGUUUUGCUUGCAACAGGUCAGCAAACACUUAUCAUGAUGACAAGGGAUUUUGAGCCAAUUACUGAGAAGCAAAUCCACCAGGAUGAGUUUGGGGAAGGAAAGCUUGUGGCUCUUGGCUGGGGCAAAAAGGAGACACAGUUCCAUGGAUCAGAGGGAAAAGAGGCUGCACAUCGCAAGCAGACGGGAGUGUUGCCUGCUUCAGCCUGGGAUGAUGGCAGGCCUCGGGUGACGUGGAGAGGAGAUGGGCAGUUUGUUGCAGUGAGUGCUGUCUGCCCAGAGACAGGUGCCCGGAAGGUCCGAGUAUGGAACAGAGAGCUUGUGCUGCAGUCAACAAGUGAGCCUGUCUCAGGAUUAGAACAAGCACUGUCCUGGAAACCCUCUGGAAACCUGAUAGCAUCCACACAGGAAAAACCCAACAGACAUGAUGUAGUUUUCUUGGAAAAGAAUGGACUUCUUCAUGGGGAGUUCACCCUUCCAUUCCAGAAAGGGACAGUCAAAGUUAAUGAACUGCUUUGGAAUGCAGAUUCUACAAUCCUGGCUAUAUGGCUGGAAGACCUGAAGGUGGAAAACUCCAACCCAAACAGUUAUGUUCAACUGUGGACCACAGGGAACUACCACUGGUACCUGAAGCAAAGUCUGCAUUUUGGUAGUUCAGAGGAGAAUCGUUUGGUGUCCCUGCUGUGGGACCAAGAGAGCCCAUACAGACUGCAUGUGCUCUGCCAGGGUUGGCUUUACCUUUCCUAUGACUGGCACUGGACCACAGACCAUGGGAUGGGAGAGAACAGCCAGCAUAUGGCUAAUGUGGCUGUCAUAGAUGGAGAUAAAGUGCUUGUCACAGCAUUCCAGCAUGCUGUGGUGCCUCCUCCCAUGUGUACCUACGAGCUCCAGCUCCAACAGGCAGUUAACCAGAUUGCAUUUCACACAGGUCCCAAAUGUAGUGGGGACAUGGCUAUCCUGGAUGCUGACAACAAGGUCUCUCUGUACAGAUAUGGACAGAGCACAAUGCCUGACCCCACUGUCAGGUUUGGAGCUGUGGGUGGAAAUGGAUUUAAGGCAUCUGUGGAAACACCGUGCCUGGAUAAAACCUACAGAGUUGAUGUGGGCAGCAACAGCACUGAAGUGAUGAAUCCUCUGGGGCUCCGAUUUCUUACCUGGCUGCCAGAUGACAGCUUCCUGGUGGUGAGUCAGGGUCAGCAUGCUGCUCAGUCCAUCCUUCACCACCUGACUGCAGUGCCUGACAUGGCUGGAGCUGAAGAACAGUGUCUGAAUUUAAGGUUUUCUGUGCCGGUAGAUGGAGAAGUAAUUAGCCUGUGCUGCAGCCCAGUAACCAGAACUGUAGCUCUGCAGCUGGCUAAUAGACAGAUCCUGAAGUACUUCUGGGAGGCCUCUACUCCAGUCCUUGAGCCCUGGAGGACUAGCAGUGGCUCUGCUGUGCAGUUCCCCUACUCUUGUGUGCAGACUUCUAUCACGAGGAUCGGUGGUGAAGAGGUGAUCUUGGGCCUCACAGAUCGAUGCCGGUUCUUUGUUAAUGACACUGAGGUUGCUUCCAACAUCACCUCGUUCGCAACAUACAAUGAGUUUCUGUUGGUGACAACCAGCUCCCACACCUGUCAGUGCCUCUGCCUGAGGAACAUGUCAGUGAAAGCCCUUCAGGCUGGCCUGAGCAGUGCUGCUGCACCCAACAGCGAGACCCUGCGCAAGGUGGAGCGAGGCUCUCGUAUCGUCACCGUUGUGCCCCAGGAUACAAAGGUUGUGCUGCAGAUGCCAAGAGGAAAUCUGGAGACUGUCCACCACCGAGCUCUGGUUCUUGCACAGAUUCGGAAGUGGCUGGACAGGCUUAUGUUCAGGGAAGCAUUUCAGUGCAUGAGGAAGCUGAGAAUCAACCUCAAUCUCCUCUAUGACCACAACCCCAAGGUGUUUCUGGAAAAUGCAGAAGACUUUAUUAGGCAAAUAGAUUCUGUGAAUUAUAUCAACUUGUUUUUCACAGAACUGAAAGAAGAAGACUUCACAAAGAGUAUGUACCCAGCUCUGACUGGUAGCAGUAACACUCAACCACACUGCCACCCUGACCAGACAAAAGUGAACCUCAUAUGUGACGUGAUGAGAGCUGCCAUGGAACAGAUCGACCCUCAAAAAUACUGCUUAUCAAUACUGACAUCACAUGUAAAGAAAAGUCCUCCAGAGCUGGAAACUGCUCUCCAGAAGGUUCAUGAGCUUCGAGAAAGUACCACUCCAGAUGUCAAAGCUGUGAGUGCAGAAGAAGCACUGAAGUACCUGCUUUUCCUUGUGGAUGUCAAUGAAUUGUAUGAUUAUUCCUUGGGGACCUAUGACUUUGAUUUAGUCAUCAUGGUGGCAGAAAAGUCUCAAAAGGACCCCAAGGAAUACCUGCCCUUCCUGAACACCCUCCGGAAGAUGGAGACCAAUUAUCAGCGGUACACCAUAGACAGGCACUUGAAGAGAUACACAAAAGCUCUUGGGCACCUCAGCAAGUGUGGUCCUGAACACUUCUCUGAAUUUCUGAACUUGGUGAAGGAUCAGAAUCAAUAUUGUGAAGCCCUAAAGCUGUACCCCUCCAGCUCUCAAGAGUACAAGGACAUCAGUGAUGCAUAUGGGGAGUACCUGAUCCAGAAGCAGCUGUAUGAGCAGGCUGCCUUGAUAUUUGCUCGUGCUGGCAUCUUUGCAAAAGCACUUGAUGCUUUUCAGAGCAGUGGCAGCUGGCAGCAAGCCCUGUGCAUGGCAUCACGACUUGGAUACACAGAGGAUCAGGUGUCCAGCCUGGCCUGCAGCAUGGCAGGAAAACUCAUUGAACAGAGAAAGCACGCAGAGGCAGCCAUUCUCAUGGAGCAGUAUGCUCAGAACUACGAAGAGGCUGUUCUCCUGCUCUUAGAAGGAGCUGUCUGGGAAGAGGCUUUACGACUGAUUCACAAGUAUGACAGACUGGAUAUCUUGGAAACCAACUUCAAACCUGCUAUCCUAGAAGCUCAGAAGAGCCAGCUGCUCUUCUUGGAUUCCCAGAAGACAGCAUUUCUCCGCCAUAAGAGUCGCCUGCUGGUGGUCCGAGAGCUGAAGGAGAAGGCUUCUGAGAGCCUGCAGGAUUAUGAGAUGCCCAGCUGCCCAGAACUGGAUCUUUUCUCUGAAACCAGCAGUGUUGUAACAGCCAGUGACAUGAGCAGCAAAUAUUCACACAGCAAUUCAAGAAUAUCAGCGAGAUCCUCGAAGAACCGGCGCAAGGCUGAGCGCAAGAGGUACAGCUUGAAGGAGGGGAGUCCCUUUGAAGAUGUGGCUCUUCUGGAAGCCUUGGGAGAAAGUGUUCGUGCUGUGGAGGCUGUGAAAGGAGACAUACACACCCUUCUGAAGCAGCUUGUGCUGUUUGGUUAUGAUGAACAGGCUGGGGCACUGCAUCAAGUCCUGGAAGAAGUUUUGCAGUUGAUGGAGACCUCAAUCCCAGAAAUCUGGACUGCAGACCUACAACAGAGCUACACCAACCCGGUCCUGGGACCCAACUCAACUGCAAACAGCAUUAUGGCUGCCUGUCAGCAGAGGAGGAUGAUGACUCCUGUUGUGCAAGAUCCAGAAUUACUAAUUCCACCAAAAAUCAAUAAAAACCUACAGUGGAAACUGCAUCUUCUCCAGUAACUGAAAGCCAAGGAAUCCCAGUGGACUCUGAACUGUGACUUCCCAGAUAAUUCCAGUACAUCUUUGCAGAAGCUGCUGUUGUCCUGACGUUUCUGAUGCGGUCUGCAGGGCUGUGCAGGUCAAGGGUGAUGUCCCUCUGACCUGUGGCACCACACCAAGGGGGCAGCCACCUACAGCCAUGUGCAGAAGUGGCUUCUGUGGCUGGGGAGCCACAGGGUGUGAAGCUCUGAGCACUGCUGGCUGAAUCCAGCAUCUCCCACCGCUGUUCUCUCCUUCUGGGUGAAGCAAAUCCCACCAGUGCUGGACAGGCUGUUUUCUCUGCCAUCAUUCCCUGCCCUGCCCAUGAUGGCAGGUCACAGUUUCAGCUGUCCAGCCUGGUUUGAGACAUCUCGCCACUGGGUCUGU